AUCCCUUCUAAUUCUUAACCCCCGAAAAUUGUUGUCCAACUCCACUUCUCUCGCAACUCGUCAAUUCAUUUGUGGAUCACCCAAGAAGUGCGAGUACUCUCCUCACUCCCCCGAAGGUCCUUGGGUUAUUGGUUAAAAUAGACACACUGCAUAAGAAGCAGUGGGUCAAGUGUCUGGAUCCCCCUCAAACCCCCAAGUUUUCUAAUCAAAUAAAAAAACUUCAUUGAAUAAAAAAUUCAGUUGUAACAUUAAAAAUUGGCAAAAAUGGCUGCACGCUCGUUAGUGAGGUAUGCCCAGUCGAGGGCGAUUACACCACAGAUUCACCGGUGCGCGACAUCGAUGUCUGCGUUCGAAAUUCAACACAGAACACCGACAAUCAAGAAGAUCAUGCCAAUACCCAAGGCCCACUACGGUGGUCGUCAUGCUGUGACACUUUUACCUGGGGCUGGAAUCGGUCCUGAGCUCAUGGGAUACGUUAAAGAGGUAUUCAGCUACGCAGGAGUCCCCGUGGACUUCGAGGACGUAGACAUCGACCCGAACGCAGACGACAACGAGGACCUGGACUUCGCCAUCACCUCGAUCCGCCGUAACGGUGUCGCCCUAAAAGGAAACAUCGAGACUCGCUCCCGAGAGGCAGGCGUUCUCUCCCGCAACGUGGCCCUCCGCAACCAGCUGGACCUCUACGUGAACGUUCUGCACUACGUCUCCUACCCCGGUGUCAACUCCCGCCAGAAGAACAUCGACAUCGUGAUGGUGCGCCAGAACACCGAGGGCGAGUACGCAAUGCUGGAGCACGAGUCUGUCGACGGAGUUGUCGAGAGCAUGAAGAUCAUCACCAGAUCAAACUCCGAGAGAGUAGCUCGUUACGCGUUCGAAUACGCAAAGCGUAACGGAAGAAAGAAGAUCACGACUGUUCACAAGGCGAACAUCAUGAAGCUGUCGGACGGUCUCUUCCUGGAGACCUCGAGACAAGUAGCCAAGGAGUACCCUGACAUCCAGCUCAACGACAUGAUCAUCGACAACACCUGCAUGCAACUUGUCUCCAACCCCCACCAGUUUGACGUCAUUCUGACGACGAAUCUCUACGGUGCAAUUGUAUCGAACGUCGUUUGUGGUCUCCUGGGAGGUGCUGGUCUCCUCGCUGGCAAGAAUUAUGGGGAUCACUACACCAUCUUCGAGCCAGCAACACGUAACACUGGUGCUGCCAUUGCUGGAAAGAACAUUGCAAACCCCAUUGCCAUGUUGAAUGCAGCUUGUGACAUGUUACGUCACCUUGGACACAAGACUCAUGCCACUGUCAUCCAAACUGCCAUCAACAAGACCAUCAAUGCUGGAGUUCACACCGCUGACCUUGGAGGGACUGCCACCAGUCGAGACGUGGUUGACAGCGUCCUCAAGCACAUCAAGAUUGCCUCGAGUGAAUUUUAAUCGUGGAAAGAGCGAUUGAGGGGGAUUAGGAUCGUUGGAGGAGUUAGAAACCAAUUGACAUUUUUUAAUAUCUGAUUAUUAAGGUUCACGACUCAUGUUUCUGAAGCUGGUGGACUAUUUUAGAGCUGAUUCUUGAGAUUGAACACUUCAUGAAUUUAGGACUGCACAAUUUUUGAGGGGGAGGCGGGGGCGAGGUGAUCCCCGUUGUACAGUUUAGAAUGCUGAUUCGUUGCUUUUUGAGAGUUGAGGAGUUUUUGAUUCAGAGAGGCUUUGUAAUAUAUGCAUUGUGAUCGAUUAGUUGAACUAAGUCAUUUUCCCAGUCAUUGUAAUUUCCCUGGUCAAUUAAACGACUUGUAAUGUU